CAGCACCAUUCCCUCUUCUUUGAACUGGCUUUUUUGCAGGCUACGAAAUGGAGAAGAUUGUCAACAGUGAUCACGAUGAUGAACAGUGCAAGAAACAGCAGGUGGAUAGGAAGACUGUGGAGAAGAACCGCAGGAUUCUGAUGAAAGGCUUGUGCUCCAACCUCGUUUCCCUCAUUCCUCCCAAUUACUUCCCACCCUCCCAGUACGCGUUAUCGCAACUGGAGCAACUGGAUCAGGCGGCGGUUUACAUCGGCCAACUGAGCCGGAGGAUCGAGAAGCUCAAGAAGAAGAAGGAAGAAGCAGCGGCCGCGACGUCACCACCACCCGCCGGCGAGGGAAUGCGUAGUGCUGGUUCGUUACCGUCGUGGAAGGUUGAGGUGAGGGAUUUGGGGACGAGCAUAGAGGUUUCGCUGAUGACGAGCGGAGUGGAGAGGAACUACUUCAUCAUGUACGAAGCGAUAAGCGUGGUCGAGCAAGAAGGCGCCGAAGUUGUCAGCGCCAGCUUCUCCGCCGUGGCCGACAAAAUCUUCCUCACAAUCCAUGCUCGGGUGAAGAUAACCAGAGUGGGUGUAGAGACUGCGAGGUUGUACAGGAGAUUGAAGGAAAUGGUUUAUUAAUUACUGGCAUUUUCAAUUUAAAUAAUGCUAUGUGAUAUUUCGCACUCAGAUAUGUAUCAAAAACGGGUGUUAACUUUUUACUUUGUAAAUGUUGGAGAAAUUAGAUGGUACGUAUCAGAGUAAACAAGUGAUUUUAUUAAACAAAUAUACUUGCAUCAAAAUUAAGCUUGAUAUACGGAGAAGUUUCCAUGUUGGCACUUUAUUUUUAUGAUCAAAAUGAAAGAAAGCUGCUCUUUGUAGGAUUAAGAUCGUUAAUGGCAAAACAAUCAUGAAAUGCUGGGUGAUUGAUGAGAUGAUUAUUUGAUUGAUUGAUGAGAUUGACGAAAUUACAUGAAAAAUUAUUAAUCUGGAUGUAUGAAUAUAGAUUACUAUGUGUG